AUGUCCCCAGCCAAAGGUGCAACUUAUACAAUUCUUCCGCCAGCAACUGUGCUAACCAACGGGACGAAGAAGGAGACAAAGGGGCUCUUCACUGCAGAUCCGGUGACUCUGUUUGUGUACGAGCCAGGGCAGGCAGUGUCGGGGUGUGGAAUGCAGCUGGCCUUCCAGGCCAACUUCACCUUUAUCCUCUCAGCUCAAUCGGGUCGCGCCGUGGGCAACAACGGCUUUGCCUUUGUCAUCUCUGCAACAAAACGAGUGGUUAACGGCUCAGGCAUGGGGUAUGGUGGAAUGGACAGCCGGAGCAUGGCGAUUGAGUUUGACACUCUGACGAACAAGCAGCACGGUGACAUAAAGGGCCAGCACGUGGGGCUGAAUAUCCGAGGCCAGGACAGAUUGUUAGCUGCUGUGAGAUUGCCAUUUGUGCUGAAAAACAGAACGCCUUACACGGCAUGGGUGGACUAUGAGCCUGGGGAGCCCGGCACCAUCCAAGUGUUCCUGGCCGCUUCGGCAGUGAAGCCAGCGCAGCCGCUGCUGGAGAGGAGGCUGGCGCUGUGUGAGGUGCUGCAAGCUGGAGCAGAGCAGUUUGCGUUCUUCUUUGGCUUUGUGGCGUCCACCACUGUGAAGCCGCUCCAGGCACAUCUCAUCCUCAAGUCGGCAGUGCACACAAAUGCAAGCUGGGCGUAUGCGGUGGUGGCAAGUGUGGAAGCAGCGUACGGCAUUGCACUGAAUCAGCAGGCUCCACGGCUAUCAGUGGAGUCACUCUUUGCAGCCAUGGGGCUCACCUCCCCAGCAGCUAAGUGCACAGCAGGGGGCUCUCCUGCUGCGGCCUUUCAAAAGCUUCUCACUCUGCCCCGUGGUGGCCUCACAACAGACGGCAAGCAGGUAGGGAACAAGACUAUUAUAUAG